ACCUAACUCCUAACAAGAGAAGUCGUUCUGCUUUGUGAAUGAAUCAAUUGUUCCACUGUAAGAACAUUUAUUCAAGAUAACAUUCCAUUUUCUUACUGUAAAAUAUUGUCCCGAAGUGUGCCUGCCAUGCCAAAACGUAGGGCUUCUACAAGACGAACGACAGCGAAAAAGAGAAAAACGUUGACUGAAGUGCCUGAAGAUCCAACACCUCCUGAAUUGAUCAACUAUCUCAAUGAUGAUUGUUUGGGAAGGAUUUUCAAGUUUCUCCCCAUUGUUGACAGACUAACCAUUGACACAGUUUGUAAGCGAUGGAGAGACGUCUCCUACCUCGCCUGGGAGGACACAAAGGCCCUGAAUUUCACAGCCUCCUGCCGGAGAUCAACAGAUCUGUACAAACUCUCUCCCGAGUUGAGGACGAACCGCAUAAUCAGCGGGAUCCUCAGACGGUCUGGUCACUACCUCAAAAGUCUGCGACUAGGGUAUCCCUGCAAUUUUGAAAUCCUUCCCUUUGUCGAAAGAUACUGUGAUAACUUGACAAGAUUGGAGGUCAACUUCUACGACAACAAGAAUUUGCCAAAGUACUUCCCUCGAAUGGAGAAGUUGAAAUAUUACCAGAUGGGAGCGCUUCAGUUUUUUCCUAGAGAAGCCCUCCAGUUUCUGCCAUCCGAAAGUUUGACUGAAAUUCAUCUCUGGACGUAUACGCAAGAAACUUUGGGUUGUGGGUUCGGGUCACUGCCUCGAAUCGCUCCGAAUACAUUCGAGAACAUGAGGAAGCUCUCAGCAAUUAGCCUCCACGGUUUCGACCUGAAGCCCGACAUGAUGGACGUAAUCUGCCAGAAGAAAAAUCUCCAAUUCCUCUCCCUCAAGUGCUCACGCCUUCGGGCCGGCCUCACCUGUCUAACAAAACUGAAAACCCUCAAGUCCCUGGACCUCACCGCUGUCGAGGGGGUGACUGAUGACUUCUUGGGGGAUCUCUCAGAAAACUGCGUGAACCUGGGGCACCUCAAUCUCACUCUCUGCGGCGAAAUCACAGAUCAAGGGAUCGCCCCUCUGAGUAAGCUACCCCGACUCGAACGACUCGUGUUGAAUCGCGUGGAUUCAGUGACUGAUGCCCCCCUCAGUGGUUUGUAUACGUUGAAGAAGUUGGAGUGCCUUCUGUGCAAGAAAGUAAAGGACGAGGGGAUCAUUGCACUCCUGAAAAAUGCCCAACGAUUGGAGUACUUGAAUCUAGUUUUCUCUGGGGUGACUCGGAGAGUUCUCGAUGAGGCUCAUAAUAUAGCCCACUGGAGAGCUGAUAAGUUUGGGCUGGUGCUCAUAAUCAAUGACCAUUCUCAGAUGGAAGGUGACCGAUGUGACGAUUAUCCCUGCCUCGCUGUCAACUUCGCGGAGGGGAAGCAUGUGUGCCUGGAGUUCUCGCUCUGUCCAUAGAGACGACCUUGCAUUAUGUGGGAACGAGUGGGAUUGUGGGAGGGGGAUACUGUGCCGUUAUGACUGAAUAAGUUUAUUUUUUUUUUAGAAGAAGACCAAAACGAUAUUUUUUAUGUUCAUGAAACGGGGUCAGAAGAGGAGGAUUGAAUAUCUUUUUUAAAGGUUUCAUAUAAACAUUAUGAAAAAUAGGGCGGAGCACCUGAUUUAUCGAGUCUAUUGUUAUGUUCAGUUUUGUCGUAUGUUUUUGUACUUGAAAAUGUCUGGUAUAAAAUAAUUCAUAGAGAACAUCGAAGGGAUUUAGUUUCUUUUUCUAAAAUUGUCUCGUUUUUUUCAUUCUAUAGUUUUGCGAUUAACGCUAACAAAUUAUAUCUAUUAACGAAAUCAAUAGAACAGAUUGCAGAGAUAACUGAAGAUUUAUUGUUUUUUUUGCGAAUUCAAAUGGCUUUUCUAUGAAAUUUGUUCGUAUGUGUUGUUCUAUUUCCGCAUAUUCAUGAAAGACUGGGUCGAAACCUGAAACCAACUGUUUUUUUUUCUUUGUAAUACUUAUCAAUAAAACGUUAUUUUUAAUACA